ACUGAAGUGGAAAGCGGCUCCUGUUCUGCUCCUUAUCCCAUUUCGGACGCUGCGUACAAGGCGGUACGGCUUCAGACUGCUGCAGGACUGAACCAAAAGGAAGAAGUUUAGAAGACAGUCUCGCUUUUGGCUCGUGCGUUAAGUUUGCUUUGUUUUUUGUGUGUUUUUUUUUUUUUACUCUUUAUGAAAUCGAAUUAAUAUCCAAAUCUAGUGUUAUAGCUGGAAAGGUGGAAAGUAUUUCUGUUUACCACCUCGAAGACUAAAUUUAACUAAUGACGGCAGAGGUCCAGCAGCCCCCAGCGCAGACUCCUGCCCAGAGCAGCCCGAUGUCUGCCCCGGAGAAGCCGCACGGACAGACGGCGGUGAUGGAAACCGCCUCUUCCACUACGAAAACCAAAAAGACAAAUGCAGGGAUCCGCAGACCAGAGAAACCCCCUUAUUCAUACAUUGCUUUAAUAGUCAUGGCUAUCCAAAGCUCUCCAACCAAGCGCCUGACGCUCAGCGAAAUCUACCAAUUCCUUCAGAGCCGUUUCCCGUUUUUCAGAGGCUCAUAUCAGGGAUGGAAGAACUCCGUGCGUCACAACUUAUCUCUGAACGAGUGCUUCAUCAAGCUGCCCAAGGGCCUCGGCCGGCCAGGGAAGGGCCAUUACUGGACUAUCGACCCGGCUAGUGAGUUUAUGUUCGAGGAGGGCUCCUUCAGAAGGAGACCCAGGGGUUUCAGGCGCAAAUGCCAGGCGCUGAAGCCCAUGUACAGCAUGAUGAACGGCCUGGGAUUCAACCACAUCCCCGAGUCCUACAACUUCCAGGGGAGCGGCGGGGGCCUGUCCUGUCCGCCCAACAGCUUGUCUCUGGACAGUGGGAUUGGGAUGAUGAAUGGACACUUGGCAGGUAACAUGGAAGGGAUGGGUCUGUCCGGGCACACCAUGUCACACUUGUCGACCAACAGUGGACAUUCUUACAUGGGAAGUUGUACAGGAUCCACAGGGAGUGAUUAUCCCCACCAUGACAAUUCCGCCUCCCCUCUGCUCACCAGUGGAGGAGUCAUGGAGCCUCACCCCGUCUACUCGAGCUCAGCCUCGGCGUGGGCCCCGGCACCCUCGGCCUCGCUCAAUAACGGGGCCUCCUACAUAAAGCAGCAGCCUCUGUCUCCUUGUAAUCCAGGGGCCAACCCGCUGCAGCCGAGCUUGCCCACACAUUCACUAGACCAAUCAUACCUGCACCAGAACGGGCACAGUACUACAGAUUUACAAGGUAUUCCUCGGUACCAUUCCCAGAGUCCCAGCAUGUGCGACCGAAAGGAGUUCGUCUUCUCGUUCAACGCCAUGACGUCCUCAGCGAUGCACUCACCGAGCAGCAGCUCCUACUACCACCACCAACAGGUCUCCUACCAGGACAUCAAGCCCUGUGUCAUGUGAUGCCCCCACGGACAACAUGCAGCCCACAGGACGGGUGUCACAGACUUGAGCCAUGCAGCAGGGUGAACUGAAAUGAGAAUAAACGAGUAAAUAACCACUGAGAGACAUAAAGGCAUGCCCCGGCCCAUGGAGAGGAGAGCACUCACUGCUUCAAGUAGACCGGACUACUUUUCUGUACACACAGACACGGAGACAGGCCAAUCACAACGCAACCACAUAAUAAUAAUAAUAUAUAAUAAUAAUAAUUAAAAACAACCUUUUUCAUGCCAUCAACAUCGACCAGCGGGGUAAAGACUGGCCGUAUGAAACCCUGCUGCUGUUUGGUACUUAGUCCUGCAGAGCGGAUGACUACCACUUCACACUUUUGUUUAUUCUUGUAGGCCAAUGUAAAAAUGCACAUUUCUCCGUCUGAAGUUUUUACUUUUAUUUUCUUUGACAAAUUAGACUGAGGCUCUUGUUUUUUGUUUUUUUGUUUUGUUUUGUUUUUUGGACUUUCAUACCAGCGUUGAAUUUUGAAAUGAACAAUUAUGGGCAUCACAUAUACAUGUCCAUAUAUACUGUGUAAAAACGAUGAAGGCACUUUUUGAAUAGCCUAUAAGCGCAUCUUUUUAUUUAUUCUGUAGGCCUACAUAUUUUAAUUUCAGGCGAAUUGGCCAAGGAGGUAUAUUCUGUAUUGGCAAUAUUUGUCAGAACGCUUGUUAUUUGUUUUAAAAUGAAAAUUGAGGAUAUAUUGUAAACACUGUUAUGUCGUUUGUGUUAGAUAUAGAUUAUUACUUUCUGCACUGUAUACUUAGAUAAUGUUAGGAAAAUUAGCAAGGGUCCACCAGUGAGGGCUAAUUUUAGGCUAUAUUACAACAAAUCAUUUGUAAGAAAUAAAAUAUAUCUGUUGGGCUGUUUAAGCCCAAAAUCACAAAAAAUCGAUUUCAUCACAUAAUUCAUUUCAAUUUUUAGGGGGAGACUGCAAAUACUCCACCAAAAUUGUAAAUCUCACAUCAGUGAUCACCGUAGGCUACAAUCAAUUAACAAAAAAAAUAAAAAAUUUAAAGAGUGAAACUUUUUUCCCUUUUUUAAAAUUUUUAAACAUCAUAACAUUUAUAAUAAUUAAACAAGAUUCUAACAUGCAAUCAACUGAUCAAACAAACUAAAAAUAUGGGUAAACCAUGUUCACGUGGCUUUAAUUUACCAAAUCUUUGAUGAUGAUGAAGCCUAAAAAUAAUGUCUCUGUGUCAAAGGUCUUGUUAUAAUGCAGUUUAUUAUAGUUUAACCAACAGACUUUUUUCAGCUGUCGGGAGUCGCUCACACCUCUUUUUGUGAACUGACAUUAAAUUAACAAAUUGAUUAAUUAAUUAUAGAAUUUAAAUAAAUGGUUUUUAAAGUCACUGGUAUUUUCCCCUCCGUGUGAUAAGAGUGUAUGCAUCAAUUAAGGCGGAACAAAUCAGAGGCAGAAAUCUCACCCC